UAGUAAAAUCAAUGAAGGCAGAAAAGGCAGGUAAAAUCGAGUCGAACGAAAACAACUGUUAAAUCAUUCCUAAAGGCUAUAUAUCUUCGUCACCAUAAAAUAUUCCAUAGCUGGAUAAGUUCUCCCAUACAGUUGGCUUUUACUUUUGAGUCAUUGUGAAAGGAACGGGUCACGCUGAUCUGACAUCAUCCGAUAUUAUUGCACUUCCAUCAACAGACGGAGUAAUGGAUUCAACUGUCAAUCCUAAUGCUACCUUUUCUAUCAACGUAAGCUCAUAUUCCUGAAGCAUUGAAGACGUUUGAUAAAUACUGCUUGACGUGAACUGAAGAUGAGAUUGUUUGAGAAUAUUGUCGAGCCAUCUGAACGCCUAAAAGCAUUGUUUGAAUAUGCGGAAGGCACGUGUCAAGUUAACCAUGAAACACCUGCCAGAAGGUAUUUCAGAUCCGGUGGAGAACUGAUACGAAUGGCGAAUGUAUACUAUGAUGAGAAAAACAAUGAGGCAGCAUAUCUUUUGUACACAAGAGCCAUCAUUCUGUUUCUGGACAAACUGCGCCAACAUCCAGAGUACAAGAGUGUGCCUGGUAAAGAGAAGAGCCAAAUUAAUCAGAAAAUAAGAGACAUAGUUCUCCCUAGAGCAGAGGAAUUAAAAGCUAAAUUAAAAAAAGAAUUUGCUGUUAUUGCAGAGAGGAAAAAGGAAGAGCAGAAAAAACAAGAAGAAUUACUGGCCAAAGAGCUUGAGAAACAGAAAUUAAUAGAAGAACAAAAGAAACUAGAAGAAGAGGCUCACAGGAAAAGGGUAGAGGAAUAUAAAGAAUUAGAAGAAAGGAAAAAGUUGGAACUUUUAAAAAAAGAAGAAAGGGAAAGGCAAAUUCAAGAAGAGAGAUUACGUCUUUAUGAAGAAGAAAAGAAAAUCUUAAACACAAGAGGUGCUUAUCUAGACAAUGGCCAAAUAUCAAAUAAUGCACAGCAGGUUGUUGGAGCAGCUGGUUCCAUAGAUCUUCCACCUCCAUACGAACCAUCUGCCCCACCACUACCACAGGAGGACAUCAGACCGACAGCGCCUAUUGUUGACCGCUCCAGCAAACCAAGAGUCAAUCACCAUACAAGUAUAGGUGGAACUAGUCAUAAUGCUCAUGGAUUGAAGGAUGUCAUCUGCCCUGCUGACCUGAUGCCUAAGUUUCUACACCUGGCCACAGCCAACACUGCCAGGAAUGUAGAGACUUGUGGGAUCCUGGCAGGGAAAUUGAGUCAAGGUGCGUUCACCAUAACAAACCUGCUGGUACCCAAGCAGUCUGGUACGUCUGACUCCUGCAGUGCCGAAGAUGAGGAGGCCAUCUUUGAUUACCAGGAUAAGCAUGACUUGAUUACUCUGGGAUGGAUACAUACCCAUCCAUCUCAGACAGCAUUUAUGUCCAGUGUGGAUUUGCACACCCAUGCAGGAUAUCAGAUGAUGAUGCCAGAAGCCAUUGCUAUAGUCAUCUCUCCUAAAUAUCAAGAGACUGGCUUUUUUCUCCUGACUCCUGACUAUGGUUUAGAUUAUGUGGCCAACUGCAGGCAGAAGGGGUUUCAUAAACACCCAGAGGAACCUCCCCUUUAUGAGCAAUCCAGUCAUGUCCAAAUUGUUGAAGACCAGCACAUUGUUGUUGCAGAUUUGAGACACUGAUAGAGAAAAAGCUUUGAUAUCAUAGUCAAUGAAUUUAUGAAUAUUGAUUGUGCAGACUUGCAUGACAAGGAUGUAGGAGGUUUGUGGAACUAAUAGAACUGGAGAUAAAAAUAUGUUAACAAUGUACGUAUUAAGUCUAAAUAGUAGUUCAGAAAUGUUUUAAUAUGUAUGGGAAUGGAACCACUUUGAGGGAUUUUCCAUCAGUAGAAAGCAACAGAUAUAUAUAAUCACAAAGACUAAAAAUGUUAUAUUUUUAAUAGGUGUCUGUUGUAAUUAAUUAUACUGUUAUGAGGAUCAUACAGAGCUCAUUUAUAGUCAUGUGCAAUUUCUCUGUUCAUGAGUAGUCCGUCAUGGGGAAGUACUGGUAGUGGAGACCAGUCAGAUUAUCAGGAAAUAUUACUAAGCCUAGUCUACUGAAAGUUGUAUUUAUAAAUGUGGACUAUGGAACGCCAUUCACGCAAAAAAUACACCACGCAAUUUAAGAGUGUAUUUUUUUUCAAAAGUGUAUUUUUUUCUAACAAUGUAGUCGGAUCAUUUAAUAAUGUAGUCCCGUAAUCUUAUAAUGUAGUACCACUCGUCAAAAGUGUAACGUCGCGCCAAAAGUUUAAUCCCGCAAGAAUAGUAAUGACAUCAUUAGACACCAGAUGGCGCAGCGAUCUGUUGUUGUAUUAUCUGUUGGCUAUCUUGGAAAAGCGCCACCUAUCGUGAGGUCCGCAACUCAUUGCGGAGAAUUCAGUAUCCAUGAUCAGCAAAUCUGAGAGCCACGUGCGGUUUGAGACAGACCUGGGCGGACAAUUUACGG